ACGCCCAUCCUAAAAGGAAAAAGAGAACAAAAGUGGCUGGCAAGGCUGGAAAAGGUUGACAGCGUCGUUCGUUGUCGGCGGGCUGCUGCACGCUCCAUUUCCCUGACGUCGCUUGACAAUCAAACACCGUGAUGGCGCCUCUGCCUCCACCGCUCACGAUCCGGAACCUCACGUCGACGCCGCUGGAACUCAAGGUCGUGGAGCUGUACGAGUCGCCCGACGCGCACAAGAAGAGCUGGGCCUACAGUUGCAAGAAGCUCAUUACCUGGAGCUCUGCGCCCCCGCCCUCGGCCGGCAAGCUAGGGGAGCACGCGCAGCACUUUGUGCACCAAGAUGUCUCCGUUCGAAUCGAGCCGUUCCAGAGCGCGAGCGUGUCGCUCGCGCCCAUCCAGCGCGCGCCCAACGACCUCCUGCGCCUGACCUUCGAGGCCGACGGCCAGCGCUACCGCAUCGACACGCCGGGGCCGACGAGCGCGUCGCAGACAUUCACACCGCUGGUGCCGGACCCCAAGUUCGAGUACACGGGGAUAUUCUUCCCGCAGAGCACGCAUCUGGCGGUGCUGAGCAGCGCGGCGCCGCAGCGGUGGAUGCGCGAGCUCAGCGACGCGACGCCGCUGAGCGGGCUGAGCAUCCCCGGCACGCACAACACGCCCACGUACCACAAGGCGCUGCCAAGCGUGCGCUGCCAGGCCGUGUCGCCGCGCGAGCAGCUCGACAACGGCGUGCGCUUCUUCGACAUCCGCGUGCAGCCCGAGCACGCCAACGACGUGUCCAAGGACGGCCUGAUCCUCGUGCACGGCGUCUUCCCCGUCUCGCUGACGGGGACCAAGCACGUGCGCGGCCUGCUGGACGACGCGCGCCGCUUUCUGGAGCAGAACCCGUCGGAGACGGUGAUCGUGAGCCUGAAGCGCGAGGGCGCGGGCAACGCCACGGACCAGCACCUCAGCCUCAUCCUGCGCGAGCACUACUGCGCCGACCCCGCGCUGUGGUACACGUCGCCGCGGAUCCCGAUGCUGGGCGAGGUGCGCGGCAAGCUGGUGCUGAUGCGGCGGUUCGUCAUCGACGAGAGCCUGAAGCGCGAGCACAACGGCGAGGGCUGGGGCCUCGAUGCCGAGAACUGGGCUUACAACACCCCGGACGACGUGCAUGGCUGCGUCCGCGUCCAGGACUGGUGCGAGGUCCUCAAGCCCGACGCCAUUCCCCAGAAAACUAUCUAUGCCGAGGCGCACAUGGCGCGCGCGGCCGAGUGCGUCGCCCCGCUGCCGGGCAUUACCACUGAUGUCGUGAAUCCCGUGCCGCCGAACCCGCUGUAUUUGAACUUCCUUUCCGGCAGCAAUUUCUUCAACAAGCAGUGCUGGCCUGAGAGGAUUGCUCAUAGGUUGAAUCCCCAUGUCUUGGAGUACUUGUGCACGAAGCAUCAUGCCACCGAUCAUCAUGGUGAUGGCUCUACUGGCAUUGUGGUUUUGGAUUGGGUGGGCCAGAGCGGCGAUUGGGAUCUUGUGCGGUGCAUUGUAGGCAUGAAUGCUUGGUUAAAGCUGAAAGAGAAGGGAGGGGCUUGGGAGUAGUGUUGUGUGUGAUUGGUUUGAUGGCGAGCUUGAUAUCCCUGUUGAGCGUGCUUGUUCUUUCAGAUUGCUCAGAUAUUGAUUUUUGUUGCUAGAGCUUCUUGAGUAUUUGAUGUAAUAUAUAGUAGUUUCGUUCUUCGUAUCACUGCCCUUGAUAUCCUGGUACAGACGGCUCUACUAAGCUUCAAUAGUACAAUGAACAUGAUGGUUGGCGGAAC